AUCGUGAUAAAUAUCUUGUUGCUGAUUACGAAGAUUUCAAAAUUUUUAUUUGUUGUAAGUUUAGAAGUAUAAAAAAUAUAGGGUUUAAUGAUAUUGAACGUAUAAAUGGAUUUAUUAAAGCAUAUCAUCCUGAUGAUAGUGGUGUGAUUGUAACUAACAAAAAUUAUUCAGAAAAUUCAUAUGAUCAGGCAAGAAAAAUGAAAAUUUUA